UUCACUGACUAGCUGGUCACACUUGCUUUAGUGUGUUCUAUUGUUUAGCGUCGUUCGCGUCUCUCUGUGGCACGCCAAUUAAAUAACAAUUGCUGAGCAAAUUAAAAGACAUAGACGUAAAUUAAACUUUUGUGUGUGAAACUACACUUUAUUUUUUAUUUAACAAUCAACGCCUUGCAUUUAAACACUGUAAUCUGCUACGAUGUCCGAGUGCGCCAGCGAAGUAGCCGAACCGCAAUCAGAUCAUCAUGUGCACUUUGAUGCGACGACCCUGAAGACUGACGACUUCGGCUCGGAUAGCUGCGUGACGUAUCAGCGAUCGGGCGAUACGAUUGCCGUCAGUCUGGGCUUUCUGCAGAUCAACCAUCGCUAUCUGAUUGAUCUGAAUCUGCCCGUCACGCUGUUUGGCAACACGGGAGCACCGGGCACCAAGUUUGUGCCAGUUGUGAGCGCCACACCGAAUCUGCACUGCAGGAUCACGGAGUUCACGGGCACCAAGCAUGACGAGCACGAUUUCUAUGAGAUGAAGAUCGAGUUCUUUGCCUACAAGGAGAAGCUGCUGCGCGAGGUCCUGCACAUUGUCAACUCGAACAAUGCCAAGGAGCUGCUGCAGCUGGUGAUUGCGGCGCGUGUCCUGGGCAAGGGCAAAGGCACGCCGAUGCUGCGAACCGGCAUCCAUUGCAUAGGCGUCGAACGGGACGACGACGACUCAGAAUCCUCCGAUUUUGCGGGCUUCGACAAGCCCUAAACGCCGUUGGACUUUAAGCUGGCUUUUAGUUUCUGGUUUCUUAGUUAUGUGCAGUUAUUUGCAUAGUAUUUAAGUCAAAAAUAUAUA